UUCCCCUUCCCCUUCUUCUCCCUUCGCUUCUCUUUUCUCCCAAUUAUUCCUUAAACCUUAACCCCCUUUCUCUUUCUAUUGUACAUACCCUUAAAAAGAAUUUUCGAGCCUCCAACAAAGGACAGAAGAAAACGAAGGAAUUAUGAUUCCUUUAAUCCCUUCCUUACUUCUUCACAUUAUUUCCAUCGUCGUGGUUGUCAACGGCUACAACAAUUCUAUUUACGAUAUACUAAAGGACCACGGGCUUCCCAUGGGGCUGCUUCCGAAGGGGAUAACCCGGUUUGACUUCGACGAUACUGGCCGAUUCGAGGUUCAUUUGGAUCAAGCCUGUAAUGCCCAUUUUGAAAGCGUGUUGCGUUACGACAUGAACGUGUCUGGGACUUUGAGUUGCAAAAAGAUCGAGGAGUUGUCGGGCAUUUCGGCCAAGGAGUUGUUUCUUUGGUUUCAGGUUAAAGGGAUCUGGGUCGAUGUUCCGAGCUCAGGUGUUAUUCAUUUUGAUGUCGGUCUUGUUUAUAAGCAGUAUCCCUUAUCGAUGUUUGAGACUCCAAAGGAUUGUAUGGUGGUUGGUGAUUCUGAGUUCGCUGAUUCCAUUCGAGAUGCCAAGUUUUUAGCUGAAGCAAUAGCCAAGAGACAAUCUGUGAAUCUCCGAAAUGAAGUUGAUCAAGAAAGUUUAGGGAGGAACCAGAUGUAGAAAGAUGUGCAAAAGAAGGUGUGCAAUAGCUCAAUCAGCUUUCUAUCAAGCUUAUUUUGGGGGGCCGCCGUCCCCCUUGUUGUAAUUUUGGUCGGGGAGUUUGCUCUAGGUGGUUUUACACAUCCAUCCUGUGUGAUCUGCUUGUCCUUUUUUCCCUCUGUUAUAUUUACCGCAGAGUCAGUUGAUAUUCCAACUCCACUUGGCUCAUGUCUGCGUACGGGAUGGCCGAUGAGGAGAAAAUGGAAGAUUGGGAAAAGGUAUUUGUUUGAUCGUCACGGUUGGCUUUACCCUAUGGAGAUGGGAGCAUUUGGUUGACAAUUUCAGGUGAUAUAAUCUUAUGAAAAUUUAUUCAUAUGUUAAAUUCUCAUUGUAUUUGAAUAUAAACAUGGUUGUUAAAUUGAGUUUCUUUUUGUUGUAAUAAUAAAAAUUAGAUUGAUGAGACAAGAACGCCUUCAUGAAUUAAUGACGAUGCAGAGUUGAAUAAUCAGUGUCUUGCUUCAUUUCCA